GGGGACGCUGCCGUGAGGAGGAAGGGUUCGUGGGGACGGGGCUGUCCCUGCAGCAGAGUGGCCCCCGGGACUGCAGUGACAGUGCUGGCUGCUGGCGGAGAAAGGCCCUGGCAGGGUCGGGCCCGGGGGCUCCCGCACCCCCCAUUUCCCUGCAUGUGGCACAGAAACAUUCCUGCUGCCGGGGCUGGGGACAGCCAGCACCCCGGGGGACAGCGGCAGCAGCACGGGGGGACAAGGUCCCCAGUGCUGGAGUGAGGAAGGUGAGGAUGGUGUGAGCCACGGCCCAGCUGGAAGGAUCCCGGGGAGCUUGGCCACUCCGGCACCCAGCAGUGCCAGCCUCUGUGCCCAGGCUCCCCCUGGGGUCAAUAAUCUCCACCGAACAGGCACAACGGGGUGUUUGAACCUCACGCUUUCAGCUGCUGCCCUGCACUUCGGCUUUUUUAGGGAAAAUGAACCAGAGGAUCAGAAAUUGGUCAAAGCAUCCACACUUUGGGAUAAAGCACAAGCUGCUUCCUAGGGAAGAGAGCGAGUGGGAGUGGGACCCCUCCCCUCGCCCUUGCCAUCCCCAUCACAGCUCCCGCUCCUGGGGACUCCUCAGCUCCCCCAUUCCUGUGUGUGGGUUAUCCCCCCGUGUCCCCCAGCACAUGCGGUGGCUCUGGGCUCACCCUGGCAGCUGGCUGCCAAAUGAUUCCCCAUCAGUUUUUAAUUGCCCGAGCGCUCAAAGCCUGAAACGAAACGUUCAAGCUGUCGCUCGCAGGCACAGAGCGAUGUCCCCCCGCCCGGCAAAAGGCAAUUCCGGCUGUCCAAGGGGAGGGAAGAUGGAUUUCCCGGCUUGGGGCAGCACCGGGAAGGAGCAGCUGGUAACAGCGGCCAUGGGUUGAGUCCCCAGCGCAGCCUGGGACCCUGCUGAGCAAACCCUGAGCCACAGACAGCCCCUUUCCUUGCUCUGGUGCUGAAAGGGCUGGAUGUGCCUGUGACAACCCUCCCGGAAUAAAGUUCCCUCAAACCCUGGCUUUCCUUGGCUGCUGGGGUGGGAGGCUCCAAGGGGGACCCUGGGGUCCUGCAGUGCAGAGGGCGCAGCUCCUGCUUGAGAAAACCUCCCCUGAAGCGACACCACCGUAACUCCAGGGUGUCUCCCACACCUGACCAGCUUCUCCUUGGCCUUGCAGUGACGUGGAGUCCCGGAGGGGAAAUGCAUCCUGAAUGGGGCUGAGGCCCCCUGCUCGGGAAUAUGCGGCCUCGGCACCGCGGGGGCAGCACCAGGGCAGCGGCCGGCGUGCGGCGGGAUGGUGGCAACCUUCAAGAUCGCCGUGCUGGGAGCCCAGGGCGUGGGCAAGAGUGCCAUAGUCCGGCAGUUCCUGUACAACGAGUUCAGCGAGGUGUGCGUGCCCACCACGGCCCGCCGUGUCUACCUGCCCGCCGUGGUCAUGAACGGCCACGUCCACGACCUGCAGAUCAUGGACUUUCCCCCCAUCACCGCCUUCCCUGUCAACACCCUGCAGGAGUGGGCGGACGUGUGUUGCAGGGGGCUCCGGAGUGUCCAUGCCUACAUCCUGGUCUAUGACAUCUGUUGCUUUGACAGCUUCGAGUACAUCAAAACCAUCCGCCAGCAGAUCCUGGAAACGAGGGUCAUCGGCACCUCGGAGACGCCCAUCAUCAUCGUGGGCAACAAGCGGGACCUGCAGCGGGGCCGGGUCAUCCCGCGCUGGAACGUCUCCAACCUGGUGAAGAAGACGUGGAAGUGCGGCUACAUCGAGUGCUCGGCCAAGUACAACUGGCACAUCCUGCUGCUCUUCAGCGAGCUCCUCAAGAGCGUGGGCUGUGCCCGCUGCAAGCACGUCCACACCACCAUCCGCUUCCAGGGCGCGCUGCGCAGGAACCGCUGCACCAUCAUGUGAGAUGUGAGCCCCCCUGCCCCCGGGGACCCCCGGCUCUGCUCCCCGGAGCUGCGCUGGAGGCGCCUCCGUGUCCCCUACGGUGACAUUUGGGACGGGGAGCCCUGGGCAGGGCGGUGCAGUGGCCAGGAUGGACAGGGAGGUGGCCAGGAUGGACAGGAGGUGGUCAGACUGGACAGGGGGUGGUCAGGAUGGACAGGAGGUGGCCAGUCUGGACAGGAAGGUGGCCAGGAUGGACAGGAGGUGGUCAGCAUGGACAGGGGGUGGUCAGGCUGGACAGGGAGGUGACCAGGCUGGACAGAGAGGUGGCCAGGAUGGACAGGGAGGUGGCCAGGAUGGACAGGGAGGUGGCCAGGAUGGACAGGGGGUGGUCAGGCUGGACAGGGGGUGGUCAGGAUGGAGAGGGAGGUGGUCAGGAUGGACAGGGAGGUGGCCAGGCUGGACAGGGAGGUGGCCAGGCUGCCUGGGCAUGGUGAAGGGUGUGGGUGAUCCUUGGUUAAACCCCUGAGCUCUCUCCGGUGCUUGAGGCCGAAGCCAUCCCUGGGGGCUGUGCCCAGCACUGGAGGGUGGAGCAGGACCCUCGGAGGGUGCCCAGAUUUUGGCUGUCGGUUCAUCCCUGCCAGUCCCUGCCCUGGCAGCGCAUCACCUGCUCCUGGAAGGGAAUUACCCAGCGCCUGUACCCCGCUGUUCUGGGCGUGCUUCUGUCUCUGGGGCAUAGGGGAACAGGAAUCCUGCUUUUCCCCUCGUGGAGCUGGGAUUUCUCCCUAUGGAGAGCAGCCAGGUUACAUGGGCUGUCUUUGAGCUCGGUCGGGUCAAAUUUCCAGGUGGAAUUUCUGGAUAAAAGCGAGAAAGGGGGGGAAAAAGUAAGUCAGAAUCCUGCUCCUGAUAUCCCCAGGAUGCUGGAUUCUGCCUUCCCAGGGCUCGGAGCUCCCCUCUGCCCCAGCACAGCCCCGGAGGCUUCUCCUCCCCCCAGCCUGUGAACACCAAAUAAUCUGGGAACGCUCCUUGCCCGUCAGGUCACCCCUCUGCUACCUCUCGUCCCGGGCUCAGCAGGGACCGGCUUUGUUCCACCCCAGCCCCGCGGUGUCCCGGGCAGGGGGACAGGGGUCCACUGUCCCUGUGCCAUGGCAGCCACCGGCAGGGCCACCAGCUCCGACCCCGCCGGCUUUUCCCGCAGGGAUGUCACCUCCAUCCCGGUGAGACCCUCGGCAGCAGCCGGGAGCUGGAGCAGCACUUCCAGUUGUGUUCUUGGGGGUUUUUUUUUCUCUCUGCAUAUCCCUUAUAGGAAAGUGAGUCCCCCCGCUUUUUUUUUUAUUAUUUUAUCUAUUUAUUUUUUAAUCGUUCUGGUUUAUUUUUCGCACCAGAGUUGCAGCUCAUCUGCGGCCUGCCCUGCAGGGUGGGUUGGCAAAGGGCAGCCCCUGUCAGGAGAUGAUGAUGAUGAUGAUGAUGAUGGGGCAGUGAAGGGCGAGCAAGAGGCCAAAGGGGUCGUGGUUUGUCCAUGGCUGGUCCUUGUGUGACACAGGGAAACACCAUCCUCACCUCCUGAGGCAGGAUCUGUGUCUGAUCCAUCCUCCAGCAAAACCAUCUCUGUAAUUCCUGCUGUAGCGAGGAGCUGGAGGGGCUCAGCGCUGCUCUGGGCAGCAAACCAGGACACCCAGCUCUGUCUCCCACCACAGCCAGGUGUCCACGGCCCAGCAGCUCUGCUGUGCCCUCAAAAUGAUUCCCCUUAAAGGCAGCUCCAGCUGAGCUCCAGUGCCUCUCAGCGCCCCAUCCCUGCCCCAGGGCUGGGGGUACACACACCCUGCUCCUCCCUCCCUGCUUGGGGAAUCAAACCCCUUGCUCCAAAAUGAACAGAAAAAGGGAAAAAAUGAGGAAAGGCAAUGGGAGGGGACACGGGGCCAUCUCAGCCGGGAAGGGCAGUGGCACUUGUCACCAUCCCUCGCCUUCACGGCAAGCCCGGCUCCCCCAGCCAAGCUCAUCCUGUCAGGAUUUAUUAACACAUGUAAGUCCACUUAUCGAUCUCUGGCUAGAGCUUUAUCCCUCUAAAUUGUCUGAGAAGGAAAUUCCUCGGUAAAUGCUAAUAAUAAAGCAUUUAUGAAGUGCUCUGACGUACACAUAUCAACGACUAAGCCAAUACAUUGUUUGUUAUAACCCUGUAGCCUGCAGUUUAUAGCACAAUUAGUUACAGGUUUUUAUAGCAUCUAUUUAGUAUUUUGAAGAAAAAAAAAAAACAAAAAAAAAAGGUUAUAAAUAUAAUUGUUAUAUUCUAUUGUACUUUAUAGACAGAGGAAGUUAUAUUAGUAAUAAUAACAACUCUCACUGCUUCGACAGCACUUCCCAGCUCCCGGGAAAACGAGGGCUACAAAGAGUUACUUUCCCAAGAGCCCAGGAAGGGGUAGGUGGUGGUGGUGGCACCCUGGGUGCAGGCAGGGAAUCCCAGGCAGGAAGAUCCGAGGUUUCCAGGCGCAGGGAUGGGAGCUCACGGGAGCACAGCAGCAGCCACGAGCACCCCGCAGCCCUACUCACCCCUUACUACAGAUUUACCACUCACCCAACGCCACCCUGGUCCUGCUGAGAGCAGCCUGGGCCUGGCACAGGCUGGGAUGGCCCCACUGCUGUGCCCAGGGCAGCGCCAGGUUUCUGCCCCCGUGCUCGUGGAGGUGAUGCCUGGGUUUGGUUCGGCCCCACCAAGGAUGCUUCCCUCUCCCUCCCUCCUCCUCCUGCCCCACUGAGCAUCCCAGUUGCCUGGACUUGGCUUUCCUUCCCCCCCUGGACUCCUUGUCAGAGAUUCCCGAGGUGUCUACACCGCCUGUGACGCCCUGCACCUCCUUCUUUGAAAUUGAAUUAAAAAUCAGGUCUGUCCCCCUUGUUCCA